GCACAGAGAAAAAAGCAACGAGAGCCACACAGAAAACACCCUGGCAUGCGACGGCUGCAUCUGUCCUCAAUCGCCGCCUUCUCCUCCCCAAUUCUCCUUCUCCUCCCUGUUCGUCUUCUGUCUCAACCGGGGUUCGGGCUUCCCUCGGGAGUCUAGAGGAAGCGCUCCCCCCUCCCCACGCUUAAAGAGCGAAGAGAGACAGAGAGGGCUUCCCACCCCCCGCAGCCUAGCCCAGCCCCUCUCUACAUGCGGCCCUCUCCCCGGAGGUUGCAAUACCAACUGCUGGUUCGCUCCCUCCUCUGGCGACGACCAUGACCGACAACUCUUCCCCGACGGCGCACAGAGACCCCAGCGCUGCUGCUGCCGCCGCCGCCGCCGCCGCCGCCGCUGCUGCUCCGGGCGGCCUGUCGCUGGCCGCUCAUCCCGAGGCCCGCUUCGUGCAGCCGUCUUCAUAUCUCCGGCCGCGAGGAUUGUCGCAGCCCAUGAGUCCAGCACCGCCGCCCGACAGGGCGAUUGACCGUGAGGAGCGGGAGGGGUUGCGUGCUAUCCGCAACUUUCUCAAGGUCCGCACCAGCUACGACGUCCUCCCGCUUAGCUUCCGACUCAUUGUUUUUGAUACCUCGCUGUCGGUUAAGGAAAGCUUGAACAUCCUUAUCCAGAAUGGCAUCGUGUCCGCGCCGUUAUGGGACUCAAAGACAUCCACCUUCGCCGGCCUGCUGACUACCUCCGACUACAUCAAUGUCAUUCAGUACUACUUCCAAAACCCCGCCGCGCUGGACCAGAUCGACCAGUUCCGACUGGAUAGUCUCCGAGAAGUGGAAAAGGCCCUCGGGGUCGCGCCGCCGGAAACCAUCUCCAUCGAUCCGGAGCGGCCGCUGUACGAGGCUUGUCGGCGCAUGCUCGAGUCCCGUGCUCGCAGGAUUCCCUUGGUGUCGAUCGACAGUCAGACCGAUCGUCCGACCGUCGUCAGCGUCGUUACCCAGUACCGAAUCCUCAAGUUUGUCGCCGUCAACGUGCCUGACACGCAGAAGCUCCGCAAGCCCCUGCGAGAGAUCCGGGUUGGCACGUAUCACAAUGUCGCGACCGCCUCGAUGGAUACCCCGGUCAUCGAUGUCAUCCAUAGCCUUGUGGAACGCAGUAUAUCCAGCGUUCCUAUCCUCAACUCUGAAGGAGUGGUCUACAAUGUUUUCGAAGCCGUCGACGUCAUCACCUUGAUUAAAGGCGGAGUAUAUGAUGAACUAGGGCUCACAGUUGGGGAAGCCUUGAAGAAGCGUGCACCGGUCAGUUCCUACGCGACAUUAAGAGCUAAAUCGAGCUCUACAAAGACUAACAAAAGAUAGGAUUUUCCUGGAAUCUACACCUGUUCCUUGAAUGAUGGUCUGGAUACCAUCCUGGACACAAUCCGAAAAUCUCGCGUGCACCGUCUGGUCGUGGUAGACGAGCACUUCCG